AUGGCUAUCUUCACGAAUGCCUUUGCGCAGAUAGCCCAAAUGCUGCAGCUGAUGCAACAGGGCCAGCAGCACGGAUCAGCAGGCAGGAAGUCUCUGGUGAACAAACCAGAAGAUUUCACCAGAGAAAAGGAGAAGUACGAGAAGUGGAAGAUGGAGGUGUUGCUCUAUCUAGAGGACCACAAUGUCACGGACAACACGAGGAUGAUCAACAUCAUCAUCAGCUUUGUCCGCGGUCCAAAAGUAGAUGCAUACAUUCGUCUCCUUUACACAACUCAGUGCGCACAGGGGGUGUGGAAAAUUACGGCCCAGAGGGUCUGGGAGUUGUUCGACAACCACUUCCUGGACAUCAGUCUGAGGGAAAAGGCCCAGCAGAAGCUGGAGUACAUUCAGCAAGGCAGCCGAUCAGCCGAUGACUUCCUCAUCGAAUUCGAGGACCUGGUCAACCAGGCCCAAUAUGACCUCACCGCGGAUCAUGUGAUCCGACUGCUCAAAAGAGGCGCAAGCCAACAGAUUGUAGAUCAGAUUUACAUGAGUGGCAACCUCCCGGUAACCACCGAGCAGUGGCUGCGCCGGCGUACACGCCAAGGAGAGAUGCAACGGGAACAUUGUAUCAAGGAGGAGGACAGCCAAUGCAAGUAG